CACGGGGCUGAGGUGGGGCAAAGGCGCAGGAGAGAAUACAGCGUGUCCAAACCUGUGCCCGUAGCGUGGCCAGCUCAGCACUUUGGGGUUUGUCCAGCCAGAGAGGUAGCAAGGACCUGCCUGGAUAAUGAUCCCAGGAAUUGCGUGUCUCCCUUAUCCUAAAAUUCAUUCCUGUUUGUUUCCUGAGGUCAGGGUGGGAGGGCAAUGCCAAACCAGAGCCCGCUGCCUGGUGGGAAGAGUGGGGAGAUAGCUCAUUCCUGAGAGCCCGGGGUUGGAAUUGGUGGGAUUGGCUCUUGGAUUCACCCUGCUUUGGAUUUCCCAUCGGAGAAGGUUUGCGAGGUGCAGGGGGUUCAUCCCAAACCCAAUCACUGCUCCCUUUCCAGGUCCUGACUGCAGGGAGAGGCGCCACUGAGCCCCUCUGGCUCCCACCAUGAACUGGCUGCUCCAUUCCUGGGGCUGCUGGAGCUGAGGGCUCCAAAUCUCAGGACAAGAAGAUGCUGCAGACCAGCAACUACAGCCUGGUGCUGUUCCUGCAGUUCCUCCUGCUUUUCUACGACCUCUUUGUCAAUUCCUUCUCGGAGCUGCUCCGCACAGCCCCUGCCGUCCAGCUCGUCCUCUUCAUCACCCAGGACAUUGCCAUUCUCUUCAACGUCAUCAUCAUCUUCCUCAUGUUCUUCAACACCUUCAUCUUCCAGGCUGGGCUCAUGAAUCUUCUCUUCCACAAGUUUAAGGGAACGAUCCUGCUCUCGGCGGCCUACCUGGGGCUUAGCAUCUCCUUCCACGUCUGGAUUAUGAACCUGCGUUGGCGUGACUCCAGCCGCUUCGUCUGGACCGAAGGUCUGCAGACCCUCUUUGUUUUCCAGCGGCUGGUGGCCGUGCUCUACUGCUACUUCUACAAGCGGACAGCGGUGCACCUGGGAGACCCCCUCUUCUACCAGGACUCGCUCUGGCUCCGCAAGGAGUUUGCCCAGUUCCGUGGAUGAUAGCUCCUUGGGAGGAGCUCCCAAGGGAAUCUGGAAUCAGCACACGGAGUCACUGGGAAGUAGGCGGUGCGUUGGGAUCGUCCAUCCCAGCACCUGGUGGGACUCAAGUGGUUUUGUAAAUAGGGAAGGAAUAAAGUGGGUUUUCUA